AAUAUUCAUUGUACAAAAAGGAACACUAUUUGCCCUUCCAGCCUCGGUUUGGUUACAUUGAUUUGCUCAGUAGAAUUCAAGAUUGCUGCACCAUAAUAAAGGACUAUAUAACACCAGUGCUUUGAUGCAGUCUGUGAUACGAAUCUUGUAUGAAGUAUGGUACAUAACAAACAUUGUUAAUCAGACCUACAUGUAAAGACCUUCGGGUCACGGUCAACGGUCUUCGCCACUAUGCUAGAUUUGACUUUCUAGGACACUGCUUCUGUGAUUGCUGAUAAAUACUUUAAGUCGCAUGGAAAAAGUUGUGUUGUCCGUGUCUGGAGUGCUUCCCAUUUUCCAUUGUAUCCAGUUUCAAUAAUUUUUUUUACAAAUAUUAUUAACAAACUAAAGUUUUUUUGUUACGAAGUAAAGUAUGCAAGAUAUGUUUCAUUUCUAAAUGUUUUAUUAUUUGUUUUAUUAUCAUUGCUAAGAAGAGUAAGAUAUGUAUUGGAUACUCUGGUGUAUUUGUCAUGACUCUUAAUUUCUGUACUGGUAAAAUAGAUUUUGUAAUGUGUUCCCCUUUGUUGCCACAGGUCCUGAAUGUUCGAGACGGACAGUUUCUUGAAGUCUAUGACUCGGAUUUCCUGGAGUACGUGCUAUAUAGCCAUGGUGUGACCACUGUGUCACACCUGGACAGAUUCAGAAUAAGGAAAUCGCAAGUAAAUAACCCUUCCUCCAGUGCUACAUGUAGGCCUGUGUCCGCAACAGCACCGCCUUUGGAACUUCCAACAGGUUUAAAGAGGCAAGUGAGCCUUAGAGACAGGUUGGACGACCUGUUUGCCAAGAAGAAAAGUAAAACUGGAAAAGCAAAGAACAAACGUUCACGUGAUGUACGGAUCCAAUUUGGAUGGAUGCAUCGUGCAAGUGAGUCUACUGAGCAUAAGGGAGUCCGUUCGACAAAAGGAGGUGGGACAAGAUGUGUAGAAGUGGCAGAGAAUGCCAGCUACAAGGACCUGUGUGAUAAAGGUGUGGCAGCCUUUUUUCUUAACGGAAACUCACCUAUGGGGUCGAGGCAUCAAUUCCAACUAGAUGGCAUUGGAACUUACCAACAGUUGCGGCAAGAUAAUGAUGGUUUUAACCUCGCUGAGAUCAUAGCCGAGCAUGGCAACCCAUCAAAGACUCGAAUUUAUAUGUUCACAACUGCUAAGGAAUGUAUGUCAUCAUCAUCUGAAUCAGAACAAGAGGUAGGUUGGUCCCCUCUUGCUUCUUUACAGUCUACACAUCAUACCUCUUCAUCAGAUGACUUACCUGAUAUUUUUGGAAGUAUGCCAUCAUUCAAACACUUUGAUGUCUCCCUGCCUGAUGGGGUUGAAGAACACAGAGCAAGUGGCAGCACUCAUGUACCAUUACCAAGUGCGGCAGUACCAGUGCCAAUGCGAACAGGAAAUCCUACUCCUGAAAGAGUGGCAGAUUCCCUCCCUACAGGAACUCCCACUGUGACAUUCAAGAAGACACCUAUUUGUCACAUUUGUGCUGACAGGGAAAAAGACAGCUUUUUUCCUCACCUGUGGACAUUCCAUGUGUAUGCCCUGUGCCACACACUUUCAAGACAACUCCCGGGAAUGCCCAUUUGUUUAAAGAGGCAAGUGAGCCUUAGAGACAGGUUGGACGACCUGUUUGCCAAGAAGAAAAGUAAAACUGGAAAAGCAAAGAACAAACGUUCACGUGAUGUACGGAUCCAAUUUGGAUGGAUGCAUCGUGCAAGUGAGUCUACUGAGCAUAAGGGAGUCCGUUCGACAAAAGGAGGUGGGACAAGAUGUGUAGAAGUGGCAGAGAAUGCCAGCUACAAGGACCUGUGUGAUAAAGGUGUGGCAGCCUUUUUUCUUAACGGAAACUCACCUAUGGGGUCGAGGCAUCAAUUCCAACUAGAUGGCAUUGGAACUUACCAACAGUUGCGGCAAGAUAAUGAUGGUUUUAACCUCGCUGAGAUCAUAGCCGAGCAUGGCAACCCAUCAAAGACUCGAAUUUAUAUGUUCACAACUGCUAAGGAAUGUAUGUCAUCAUCAUCUGAAUCAGAACAAGAGGUAGGUUGGUCCCCUCUUGCUUCUUUACAGUCUACACAUCAUACCUCUUCAUCAGAUGACUUACCUGAUAUUUUUGGAAGUAUGCCAUCAUUCAAACACUUUGAUGUCUCCCUGCCUGAUGGGGUUGAAGAACACAGAGCAAGUGGCAGCACUCAUGUACCAUUACCAAGUGCGGCAGUACCAGUGCCAAUGCGAACAGGAAAUCCUACUCCUGAAAGAGUGGCAGAUUCCCUCCCUACAGGAACUCCCACUGUGACAUUCAAGAAGACACCUAUUUGUCACAUUUGUGCUGACAGGGAAAAGACAGCUUUUUUCCUCCCCUGUGGACAUUCCAUGUGUAUGCCCUGUGCCACACACUUUCAAGACAACUCCCGGGAAUGCCCAUUUUGUAAGGAACACAUUCAGAGUGUUCGCACAAUCUUUUGAAGAUAUUUUUUAAAUGUUUCAGUUCGUUGUGUGCCCGGCAGAUGUUCAUAAGGCUCUACCACCUUCUGCUGGGCACCACGUACAACAGUGUUCCCGGCAGAAGGUCGUAAGCAAUACAAUGACUAGAUUUGUGACAUUCAUGAGUAAGAUUCACGAUUUGUAACAGUCAUGAAUAACUGCUUAAUAUAUCCUUAUUCAUUCCUAUGCUGAAUUUAAAUUCCGUACUUUGACUAAUACACGUUUGAGAAAUGAUCAAACCAUUCAAACUGAAUUUGUUUGAAAUACAAUUGUGAGUGUUCAUUGCUUACGACCUUCUGCUGGGCACACCAUGUCUAUGGUUACACCAACCACAGAGGUAGAUAUAAAAAGGAGUUAGAACGAGAGAUGGCCGCUUGUUAGAACUUCUGGCUAUGCUAUACAAAAACUGUUGUUUGCUGCAGAUUAAAGUUCUUUCUGUACAGACCGUCACGCCAUGAAUCGACACAUAAUACAUACCUUCAACAUAAAGUUAAGAUCUCUGCAUAGGAAAAUGUGAAAUUAUGGGGUAUAUUUGGAGGGAUAUUUAGAAGGACCCGGUAAUCUCUGAAACACAAAAAUGGAAUCAAGUGGGGCAUUGUUUCCCCUUUUCAUGAUGUGUGUAUUGGGUCACUCCGUGUCAGAUCAUCACGCCUCCAGGGGUCAAUCUCACAGACGCCUCCAAGGGUCAAUCUGUCCCACUGGUUGUACUUCUAGAGGCAAAAUUGUGUAGUGUUUUUAAUCACUACCCACUUAUAGGUGUUUUAUUCCAAUCAGCAAAAUUUCAAGAGGUAAUAGGUUGUUUAGUUUUGAUUUAAUUGUGCAAUUUCUUUUUUUUGUUUGUACCUUUUUCAAUCACCUAUAAUUUUAUUAUUUAUGUCCUGUUUAUAUCAUGGCACAUAUCAAUAAGAAAGCUUAUUAGAAGACCACAUUUGUAACAAUCACUUGCUUUAGGGGUCAGCAACUCUGUUGUGAAGUGCUGGGGGGUCAUAAAUAGUGAGAAUAUUGGCCUUUGGUACUGCUCACUUAAUCAAAGUGACAAUUUGCUCUUUUCCAAACAUAUCGUGCCAAGUGCUAUGAAAUAUCAUGCUUAAGCUGGUAAUCUUGAGAUGGAUCAACGUGGCAUGAUAAUGUAUGGAGCAGACACCAAAUUGCCACUUAUAAAGUGAGCAGUGCCAAUAACUCACUGUUUGUGAGAUUUGAACAGCAGUGUUCAGUACUCCCCGACCAUGCAUGAAUGUAUGCAGAUUUGGUACGUUAAGUUUCAGAACCCUCAUCAUUCACAACGAAGUUGCUGAGCCCCAAAACAAAUGAUUGUUACAAAUGUGGUCUUGUUGUAAAGAAGAGGGUUAAGCUUUCUAUUGAUAUGUGCCAUGAUUCAAACACAACCAGGAUACAAAUAACUCGCAAGGUAGGUGAUUGAAUAGGAUUUGAACUUUGCAUGGUGGAAAUAAUGAUCUAGUCAGGUUUGCGGUAUACCUAGAACCCCACCCCCCCGACUUGAAAUCAAGUCGGUAAUUGUUGAGUGGUUUUUCGCCGCCCACCGCUCUAUGUACCACGCGCGUAUGCCACCCUAGUUGCGGAAAAGGUAUGUACAUCCUCGAUCCCAAUAUAGUGUGUGUGAAUUACUCGACCAAGUCACACGCUACCUACGACCGUUGCAUGUGAAUGCAUAAUCACACUGUGACUGUUGCAUGAACGGCAGGAUGUGUGUUAUAUAGGCAGCACUGGCGGACAAACAAGUUGUUAGUCGGUGUUUAUUUAAACACUGACUAACGACUUGUCAUUAAGUCUAGGUAACACCGUGUAAAUCUCUGUGAGUUGGGGUGGUUCUGAAAUAAAAGAACAGUUGGUUUCAACUCUACGUUUCGAUCUGUAUAUUCUAUCGUCUUCAGGAGAAUGGUUUUUUUUCAGUAGAAUGGUAGUUUUCAGAACCCCCUCCCCUACUCAAAGAGAGUUUAUCAUUACAUAGUGUUCCGCAAACCUUACUAGAUAGCGAUUGAUAUGUAUGAUCAACGUUUAUGCCAAAGAGAGUUAAGUAUUUUGUAUCGUGUUGUUAGUCCAAACAUAGUUAUUUUCUUGACAGAAAGUGUGUGAUUUUUUAAAUAAAAGUUAGAGUUUAGUUUUAUGCCUUUGGAGAUUUACACUAGAUUUGUAAUCACCGUUUUUAAAAUUAACUGAAAUCUAUGCACAUUUUUGUCAGAUAUUACCAGCCAUUUUGAUAAAUAAUUAACAGUUUUUUCUGACCACUAGCCUAUAGAUGAUUUAUCUUAAUAAAAACAAAGAUGAAGGAUUAAAAUUGAAUCAGUUAUUGAUUGACAGAAAGGGUUUAUUUUGAUAAAAGUUACAUGCCUUUAGAGAUUGUCACAUGAACAGAUUUGUAAUCACGAUUUUGAAAAAUAAUUGAAGAGUGUGUAAAUAUUGGUAAAAUACAUUGUUUAUCAUUACAUAGUGUUACCACAAACCUUACUAGAUAGUGAUUUAUAUUUAUAUGAUCAACGUUUAUGCCAAAGCAAGUUAAGUAUUUUGUACAGUGUUGUUAGUCAAAACAUAGUUAUAUUCUUCACAAAAAGUGUUUAUUUUUAAAUAAAAGUUAGAGUUUAGUUUUAUGCCUUUGGAGAUUUACACUAGAUUUGUAAUCACCGUUUUUAAAAAUAACUUAAAUCUAUGCUAAUUUUUGUCAGAUAAUACCAGCCAUUUUGAUAAAUAAUGAAAAGUUUUUUAUGACCACUAGCCUAAAGAUGAUUUAUUUUAAUAAAAAAACAGAUGAAGGAUUAAAAUUGAAUCAGUUAUUGAUUGACAGAAAGGGUUUAUUUUGAUAAAAGUUACAUGCCUUUAGAGAUUGACGCAUGAACAGAUUUGUAAUCACGAUUUUGAAAAAUAAUUGAAGAGUGUGUAAAUAUUGGUAAAAUACAUUGUUUAUCAUUACAUAGUGUUACCACAAACCUUACUAGAUAGUGAUUUAUAUUUAUAUGAUCAACGUUUAUGCCAAAGCAAGUUAAGUAUUUUGUACAGUGUUGUUAGUCAAAACAUAGUUAUAUUCUUCACAAAAAGUGUUUAUUUUUAAAUAAAAGUUAUAAUUUAGCUUUAUGCCUUUAGAGAUUUACAUGUGAACAGACUUAUAAUCACUAUUUUAAAAAAAAUUAUGUAAAUACUGGUAAAAUGAUAACAACCUUUUUGGAAAAAAUCAAAAAUUGUUUUGUCUGAUCACUAGAUCAAUUGAUGAUUAAUUUUAAUAAAAAACAAGAUGAAGGGAUGAAAUAAAAUGAGUUUUUGAUUGAUUACUUUAUGUCUGACAUGGACCAACACACACAUGAGAGUGUGUGUGCGGGAGGUGGGGGUGUCUUAUUGGUAUGGGUCCUAUACUUCACUGCCUCUCCAACCAUUCCCUACCUCCAUGCUCCAACCCAAUAAAUGCCACUUUCUCCUAUACGAAAAGAUCCUAUGCUGCCUGUUUGAUGCCUGUCUGUCACGUUUUUGUUGUGUUUUUUAGUUAUAGUCGUAAGCCCGGUUCAUACUUCACGCAAAAGCGAAUGCAAAGCAAAUGUUUGUGACGCAACAAUCAGUACGCACGGGUUUCCAAUUGUGACGCAAGAAAGUUCGCUUUCGCAUGAAGUAUGAACCGGGCUUUAUCCGUCCGUAUAGCUAGACCAUAGAGUAUAAGAACUAGAGGGCGCCGUUACGUGACUCGCGGCCGGCCGCCACUUAUUACGGCCGCCACUUAGUAUCUUGCGGCCGCCACUUACUACAGACAUGUUGUCAUUCAAAAGCCUUGGACGUAAAGUCGUGCACUUAUUGUCGGUAUUUUGCAAUGUUUGGAUAACAUGGAACGGGAUUUAUUGCUACAAGUUUAUUCCCAUAGCUUGGAUUAAAUUACAGGGAAAUAAUGUGCUCUUCGGCAGCGAAUCAUAGAAUCAUAGUCAGUAUAAUGCGGACCCUAAAGCGUGAACUGAGCAAACUUUUACCCUCCUUGUUGAAAAGACUUAUAACUCUCUUCAAAAUAAAUGUAUUCGUAAUGCGUGUCAUGUCCAGUACAACAAUGCACAUACCACUCCUCUUUGUUUCAAAUAUAAACUUCUGAAGCUGGAAGAUAAUUUUUAAUGUCCAAAAAUUGCCAUUCAUUGAUUAUAACUAACAAUUUGCUCCCGGUUAAUUUAAGUCAAUCUUCGUAUUUUCCUUUCCCCUCAUCCUUUUGCUACAAGACAAGAUAAUCUUAUCCGUCUUACUGAUAAUGAUAUUUGUAGAGUGGAUGUGGUUUCUUCCAAUUAUCGUAAACUUCUACCAAAAAUGGUCAACUCCCUUCCUGUUUGCCUGAGAAAUGAAUUUCCCGGUAUAUCUAGGAAGCUUUACCUUACCCAUCUCAAUGAGUUUUAUUUGGACAAGUAUACAAGUUUUCUUUGCACUAACUGUUCAUGUAAUUCAAUAAAAAUUAUUAAUUUUAGUCUUAUUAUUAGUUGACCUCGGGAAAGUAUUUAUAUCUUUUUCUUUUUUUAUUAUGCAUUUUCGCAUGCAAUUAAUAUUUUUUGAACCAAACGCAGUCUAGGUACUCCACUUACUACAGGAGGGUUAUACCUCCUCUGGAUGUUACCUCCAUUUGUACCUUACUUAUUACAUUUGUCAUUACUAAUAUAACACUGAUGUUAUUUUCAAGUUUUGCAAAUGGAAAUAAACCAAACAAACAAACAAACAUAACAAAAAGAAAAUGAAAAAAAAGCAACAACAACAAAAUCAACUGGGGCGUGACUGUUUGAAUGGGAGUACAAACAUUUCAGCCGGGAGCUUCAAUGAAAGGGGGCAUGACCCUCUUUCGAUCCAGUCAGUGCGGGAUGCCGCUUCGCGAUGCACCCCUAGGUGCGCGCAAGGUGACCGUAGUAAAUUAUGGAAGCUUAAUGGGUGAACAAAACAGACACAAAAUUUCGAGAGUGGAAGUUGACCCUGUGACCGCCAAGCUUUAAUACCGGGCUCUCGUAAUAAUUGAACAACCUAGCCCGAUUGCAGGGGGCCGCUCGAUGUUCUGACAGUCUAUUAGUCCGACAUUUUGUGUAGGCCUACCCAUUGGCGACAGCUCAAUAGUCCGCCGCUCGAUCGGACCACCAAUGGGCUGUCAGACUAUUGACAAGGGCCCCAUCGGUGUUAUUAUACUUAGUCGAUAUCUUUAUAAUUUUUGUAUAUUAUUAUUAAGUCAGUUUCAACAUCGAACAACUACUUGAUGGUCAUGGUCUAUAGCAAAGCUCAUUUUGGAAAAUUCGAUUUGAACCUUUCAAACUGUUGCUUUUGAGUGCUGAAUCUGAAGAGUGCAUGAAUGUUCAACGGAUUAACUGAAGAAGAAAUAACCGACACUGUGGAGGCAAUCCUAACCCAGAUGAAGACAAAAUCUGGAAUAGUUAUGUAUAACAAAGUGUAUAAGUCACAUGCAUAAUUUCAGUAGAUUAGUUGAAAUAAAGGUUUCGGAUAAAAGCAAAGUUUCUUUGGAAAAGCUGAAGAAUGACAACUUAUUUUCUUUAAUUCUUUGCUUUUAUUAUGUAUAACAAAUACAAACUGAACAACGUGAUGUCUCUAUUAAUUUGAAUAUAAAGUUUUUACAUACAUUGACUUUUGGCAAAAAAUAGUUGAGUGAAAUUGUUGAUAUUGAUCACUUUAAAUAGUUGUUGGCUUCAAUAGCUUUAAUCAUCACAUGAGGGCGCUGUUUCACUUUAUUGGUCCUGAAAUAUCGUUCGUGGUAGCUCUGGUACUCGACUCCUUUCUUCCAUAGCCACUUUUCCCAUGGCGGGGGGUCUCCAUGUCGAAGUCACGUUGAACAAAGUACAUGUAUUGUGUGAUGGAGAAGGGUCUGAAUGGGAAUA